ACAUGCAGUAGUGUAAAAGAACACAAAUCUGUUGGCUGUAUGCUGAGAAGAUGCUCUGUCUGAAGUUCAUAGAUCAAGAGAGCUCUGCCUGCUCCUCCACGCUCAGUCUGACCCUCAGCUGUCCCAACAUCGGCCAGUGGAGGAAGACUCUCCUGGAAAACAAGCCUCUGCAGGGUCCUUUCACGCUGCACAUCAACCCCCCGGAGGUGCUGCCCGCCAUGGAGGCCCUGGGGGAAUUCACCUCCCUGAUCUCUGGCACCCUUUCCCCUCCAUCUUCCUUCGACCUCCUGCCUCCUCCCACCACCGUGGGCUUCCUCAAGCUGUCCCGCCCCUGCUGCUACGUGUUCCCCGCCGGCCGCGGUGACUGUGCCUUUUUUGCCGUUAACGGGUUCACGGUGCUGGUGGACGGCGGCUCGGACUCCCAGGCCUGUUUCUGGAAACUGGUCCGCCACCUCGACCGAGUUGAUGCGGUGUUGUUGACUCACGUUGGGACAGAGAACCUCCCCGGGGUCAACGCCUUCCUGGAGAGGAAGGUGGCGGAGUUGGAGCUUAGUUCUGAUAUCAAAGAGGAAAAAGAUGACUUGUCGAAGAGGCUCAUCUCCCCAGAGCUUGGAGUUGUGUUCUUUAACGCCCCCAGCAGGUUGCAGGUGGCAGAACAGCCUUUUAUCAUUCUUCUCAUGUCAGGUGUGGACAAUGUAGUGAAGAGCACACACCAGGCGGCUCUCGCCCUGCAGUUGUUGAAGAAGUUAGACAUCAGGCCACAGCCAUUGUUUCGACCACAAGGGGUCCCCAUUGAGCCGCUAACCCUGUUCCAGAAGAUGGGAGUGGGACAGUUGGAUUUAUACAUCCUGAACCCUGGCAAAAACAGUCAGGAGUACCAGACAUUCAUGCAAAACUGGCCCGAUGCGGUGUCAUCAGCAUCCAAAUCCCAAAGCCUCCCUCUCACCGCCCUGGCCUCAGUGUCUGCCCUGCUUGUGUGGCACCCAGCGUGUCCCCAGGAGAAGGUGGUCAGGGUUCUGUUCCCUGGUGUUACCCCACAGGCAAAGCUGCUGCAGGGGCUGGAGAAGCUGAAGGGGCUGGCCUUCCUCCAAAAACCCACGGUGACCACCGGGGACCUGGAGAGGCUUGGGGAGGAUAGGAAGACCAUGAGGACAGAGAGCCAGGACAGUGGCAGGUCUCAAGGGAAGGAGUCAGCACCCAAACAUGGAAAAGAUCGGGGAGUUAAAGAGGAGGGUAAGGACGUACUGGUAAGGGAAAAAGGAAGAGUAUUAAACGGAGUUGCUGCUGAUAAGAACAGAAUCAAAGAGACCGGUGUAAAACAAAAAGCAGCAUCGUCAGAGAAGAAUACUCCAAAGAAAGGAGGAGGGAAGGAUGGCAAAAAGGAGGAGAAGCCUGGCAAUAAAGAGGAGAACGGUGUUAUGAGGAAUGAUCAGGGGAAAAAGGAUGUCCUCCCUCCCAAAUCAAAGAAUGAAAAUAAAACUAAACUCAAAAAAGAGGCAAAGAAUGACUCUAAAACAGGGGCGAAGAAAUCAAGAAAACCAUCAGGGAAGGAAGCAAAUAAUGGCAAGAAGGUGCACGCAAACGCUGAACUGCCAAAUAACAACUCAACAAAACCCGAUUCUGGGACUGUGUUAGAAAUCUCAGAGCCAGAGGGCCAGAAUCAAAAAAUGGAGAAAGAGUCUGACGAGAACCCUUGUGGCUCCAAAAUGUCUACCCCUGAGGAUAUGACGGCUGACUUUCUCCGGCUCCGGGAGGAAACUGAAGCCGUGGUGGAAACUGCUGAUAAAGGAAAGCAGGAAAGUAGUGAGUCAGGAAAUGAAAAGAGCCUCGGAGGCCUGAGCAAAGAGAGAUGUAAUGAAGCUGCUGAUACGCUGGGGGAAGAAGCAGCAGGUGGCGCAGAAAUAAUGGGAGGAGAGAGUGGUGAUAAUGGAGCGCAAGAUAAGGCUUGGACUGGAGAGAAAGCUGAUGCUGUCCUGCAGAAAGACCAUCCUGGAAAUGCUUCUAAACCAGCAAAAGUUGUAGGAUUUCCAUGUCCCUUGAACAAGGCGCCAAAGAAAGACCUAACAGUCCAGCUGGACCUAACCCCGACUGAGUACACUCUCCUGGAUGGGGCUUUGAGAAACAGCCCUCCUUCGCGAUCCUCUCCAGAGAACCAGGCCCCAGUCAGCCCUGACGAAGAGACCGUAGAGCCUGCCUCCCCUGAUUCACGGCCCAACAGUGCAGGCCACACUCCUUACUGUCUGUCCCCAGAUGACGUGUGGUGCAACAGGGCCACUCUCAGCAGGUUACAGGCCCAGAUGGGUCACUCUGAGUCAGCUGAUGUCAACCAGACAAAUGGGUCAUCCAAGCAAAGUGAGGGGCAGCCUAAAACCACUCCAGAGAGCCACGGAAACCACAGAGAGAAGCAUCUAAGUUUCCUGUCUUUGGGUACAUUUAAAGAUGGAUCUUCAGACCCUUCUCCGUCUGUUGCUACCACCACCACUACACACUCCAUUCCAGCAGAGGUGAGUUCGCCUCAGUCCACAGAAGUCGAUGAAUCACUGUCCAUGUCCUUAGAGCAGGGACCGACCACUGUGAGCCAAAGAGAGGGGGACGACAGCGUUCAUCACUCCAACUCCAAUGGAGGCCACUUUGUGGGGAUGUCUUUACCAAUGAAGAAGCCUCCAAGAUCUUUAGGGCAGGGUUCAGAGAUGGGCCGGCCUCCAGCUCCGAACACACUUUAUUUUGAGGAGUCAGCUCACGAUGUGGAUCUGUGUCUGGUUUCCCCCUGUGAGUUCAAGCAUUACAAACCACCUGAUUCCAGCUCAGGUGCGAGCGAGUCCUCCAGAGGAGCCUUUGCUCCACAUCAUCACGGCAACAACAACAACAACCCCAAGGACACGUCGCCCAGCGAGUCAAACGCCCCCGUGUGCACGGAGGACUGCCCGUCCACCACAGCAGAUGGCGCUUUGGACUCAGAUGAGGACGAGUCAUGUAGUGAGCCAUCUAACUCCCCCCAUGACCUCCGCACCAGCCAGGCUCUGCCCCAGGACCCUCCUCCAGCCCCUCUCAGGGACAGUCCGCCCCUGCCCCCACAUCCUGACGCCUCCAUGCCCGUUCCUCAGUCUGACUCCGAUGCACAUGGAAAGGGAGCAAAAGCCACGGGCACGCGAGGCAAAAAAACACCAGCGCAGGUCACUGAGGCCUCCCAAAGAUCAGGAAAAAGCAGGACUGGGAGCCAAAGUGGAGUCACAAAAGGGAAUGUCUCCUCUACUCGUACAGCUUCCUCCAGCCCCCGUUCAGCACCAGCAAAAUCCUCACCCAGUCCAGGCUUGAAGUCUACCUCUGCUGGGGAAGUCAGCGUGUAUGUGGACUUGGCCUAUAUUCCCUCUGGAGCCUCCUCUGCGACAGUCAGUGUGGAUUUCUUCAGAUGCAUUCGCUCCUCCUGUUACAUCGUCAGCGGGGACAGUCCAGAGAGAGAAGAGCUCCUGAGGCAUACGCUGGACUCACUACUGGACAGCAAGACGUCCUGGCCUGACGCUAUGCAGGUGACAGUGAUCCCUACCUUUGAGUCUGUACCGAUGCAGGAGUGGUACCAGCAGACCCUGGACAGACAGAAGGAGCUGGGCAUCACCGUGCUGGGAUCCAACAGUACUGUCGCCAUGCAGGACGAGACCUUUCCUGCCUGCAAGAUAGAGUUUUAAGGCAGAUGUUGGGAUGCAGCAAUGGAGGCUGGAUGGUGAAUAUGAGCUGAAGUAUGGAAAUGUGUGUGUGAGACAGAAAAAAAGAGACAGCAUGACAGGAAUGACAGAAAUACAGAGUUUAUGCGGAAAUAAAGGAGUUAUAUGGUCACUUUCUGCACAAACACAACCAAGUUGGUAAUGACGUGGGAUGUUCACCCCAUCCCCUCCAGGUUAAUCACUUCUUUGUGGGCUACUUUUGCACCAAAAGCCCUCGUUUCUCUUUAUCCGAGGAGAACACAUUCCUGUGGGGAGUAUUGCAUGAUAUUUUUUCACCCAUGACCCUGCGCAAACAGGAGAGGAGAUCACACUGGCUGCAAGAGAAGCAUGUCGGGCUGCAAACAUGUGGAUCCACAUGAAAGCUGAUGUGGUAGAUUAGUUGAUAUAGUUACAUACAUGUGGUCAAAGGCGCUAUGUGUAGGCGUGUUUUCUUAAUACAUUAUACAGCUGUGCUAUGUUUAAGUUUUCAUUUUGCUGCUUCUAAUGCAGCAUUUUUAUCACACUUAUUUACAAAAGGAAUUCAAUUCAUCAGAUCAAACUACCCCAGAUUCUCCCAAAUGGCAAGAGUGUGCAAAUUUUGGUUUAUGAAAGCAUAGGUUGAGUUUCUCUUAUUUACUAAUUAGAAGAUGUUUGUAUCAUAAAGAGAGUCUUACAGCGUACCUUUAAUGAAAUCUCAUUCACAGUGCGUGCUCAGGUGUUUGUUGUGUGCGCUGUACGCAGACACGAGGUGAGCCGUUUUGUAUGCUUGAAAAAAGCGUUGCGCCACCGUGGCUUCACCUCGAGUUCUCAGAAAAUAUUCUGACCUGAUGUGACGUAUCUGACGUUAGUGAGUGAUAAUCGCCCGCUAAAUCUGCGAUGACUGAGUCUGAGCGUGCAAAGACAAAUCUGUCAGCAGGGAUUAGAGUAUCAGAUUAAAUGAAAUAGCAUUACGGCAAUCAUCCUAUUGAGUGUAGUCAUUAAUUGUAAUCCAUUACAAGUGCUUAAAAUCAUACUGAUCAGGAAUCAGACAGCAGAUGCUUUUGUAGAAAUAGAUGUUCACUUGUUAUCUUACUCAAAAAAAAACACAUAAAGUGAUGUAAUGUAUUUGGAUUGUGGAUAUGAUGGAUAUGAUCAUGUUGUUUAAAAUCAUGGCGUAGUUACAGUGGACGGCAGCGACUUUCCAAGUUUUCUUUGUAAUUAUCGGCAAAGCAGUGUACAACUCAUUGCACCGUUUAAUUCAUAGCAUAACAGCAAAUUGACUAAUUAAGAGUACUUCAAGGAAAUUCCUCUGGUUCCACUCUGAACUCACCUAACUGAACAAACUCAUUAGUACCAAAUUACAUGCAUUUCAGGAAGUUAUGAACAAAUUACAGCUCUGUAAGAUAAAGCAAAGUAAUUGCCGAUAUGUGAUGUAACAGAUUACACUGUAAUCUCUCCAGACCUGUCUGUUUGUCCAUCGUUUUCCUCCUUAUUUAGGUUUGUCUCAGUCUGGAUGUCCCGGAAUGAAUGUUAUGUCAUUCUGGCGAGGUGUAAAUAAAUCGUGACUGAUUAUCUCUGUUGCUGUUCUGCCUUUAAAGGAUCAGUUCACACAAACGUGAAUGUGACAUACGGAGUUUCCUCAAUACCAAAGCAUGAGAUUGCAAAGACACCACUAACCAUUCCCCCCUCCGUCUGAAUGCUGCCUCCAAAUACAGAAACAAUGUCCUUUUGGUUCAGUCUCUCUAAAUGAUGAAGUAUUUUGUACUAAUGUCAAUGCACUGUUUAAGUUAUAUCAGCAGACUUGUUUUAUUUUGUGUGAUCAUCUCUCCUCUCUUUUAACCACCUUUUGAAACUGUGUUUAAGUCACAUAUGUCGCCCAACCCAAAUUCAUUACAAGUCUUUUUUCUACAAAAAGCUGCCCGGCGACAUGAUUUAUUGGAGCUGAACUAGAUCUGUAAUCAUGAGUACAAAUGACUUGAACCUCACAGUGGCCAAGUGAAUUAUAACUAUGUGUAUGUGUCCCGCAUGUAUAAAAUACUGUAUGUCUGUAUGUUAUUCCAUUCAUGAUAUUCAUGAAGACAGAGAGCAAAGCACUGUGGGAGAGCGGGAUGAAAAUGUGUGGGUUGUUGUGGGGCCGGGA